AAAGGGGUUUGAAUUUUAUUAGCAUUUUUCCUAAAUAACCUAUACUGUACAAACAGACUGGAUAUUGUAUACUAUAUUAUUAUUUCUACUAUUCUUUUUUUAAUCAAAACCAGAUUCGAAGAUUGUGUUGUGAACAAUUAAAAUACUUUUGAACUGAAAGGACAAAAACAAAACAACUCUAAAAAAGUAAUUUUCAAAAAAGUCCUUCUGAUGGUCAUUCAAUGAACAACGGCCAUGGGCCACCCUAAAGCUCAAUCCCACCAUCUUUACAAAAAUAUCUUUUUGAUUCAUUUUGAUGGUGGAAAUUAAACAGAACUGCAAGGCGUUACACAGAAGCGGCUUAACCGACGCAUUAUCUGAUAGGGGUUAGGGGUAGGGGUAAAAGUCUAAAACCCAUUUUCCUUUACUUCCUUUUAAUACUCAGUCAGCAAAGAAGCAUUACAAGUCAUCCCACUGCCCACCUCCACCAAGCUGCAUAUCUCUGGGUGGAGCAAAAGGGCUCCUUUAUAAGCUGCAUGUGGUGACCUGCUGACCAAAGUAGGAUAGGCGCAACAAUCAACAAGGCAAAAUGGUUGCAUGGACAGACUUUGAGCGCGUCACGAUUAAGGACAUCUUCUCCAAGAUUGACUAUGAAGUCGUUGGCCCAGCAGCUAUUUCCAGGUGUCUGAUUGUCUACCCCUGGACUCAGAGGUAUUUCGCUGGCUUUGGAAACCUCUACAAUGCUGCUGCCAUCACAUCAAAUCCGAAAGUUGCUGCUCACGGAAAAGUCGUCAUGCAAGGUCUGGAAAAAGCUGUGAAGAACAUGGACAACAUCAAGGCCACAUUUACAGAGCUGAGCACGCUGCACUCUGAGAAACUGCAGGUGGACCCUGACAAUUUCAUGCUUCUGGGCGACUGCCUGGCCAUUGUGGUUGCUGCUCAGUUGGGUAAAGACUUCUCUCCCGAGGUCCAUGCAGCUUUCCAGAAGUUCCUGGCAGUGGUGGUGUCCUCCCUGAGGAGGCAGUACUAUUAGAGAGCUGCAGAGAACCAUCACAUGCUCUGUAUUUAAAUCAUGUUUUAAUGGGGCUUAAAUAAAGAAAUUUGUACUACUGAA